AUGACCAAACCAACAACAUACGUCUCAUUUGAUAUUGAUGGAACCCUUGUUCUUGGACACAAUGCUCUUAAAGAGCAUCAUGGUGCAUUCCAGAGGGCAGUUUCAGAAAUGUUCGGCGAAUGUGGCAUGCCAAUCCCAUUCCUUGGCCAUCCUGUUGAUGGUUGGAUGGACAUGAAGAUCAUUGAGGCAAUGAUCAAGAAGCUUGGAGUAGAAUACACACCAGAACAAUUACAAAAGUGCUUAUCGUUAAGCGAAGACUACUAUUGUGCUGCUGCUACUCAAAAAUCCGAAGUUCUCCCAGGUAUUGAGCACCUCCUUCAGGUUUUAAGCGAAAUGCCUAACGUUGAAAUCGGAAUUGCAUCUGGAAACCUUCCACGCAUUGCCUGGCAUAAACUUGAACUAUCUGGAAUCGCCAAAUACUUUAAGAACAAGCUCGGAGGCUUUGGUGUUGUUGAAAAUAGAAAUGAAGCAGUUAAAGCAUCAAGAAAGAACGCCGAAGAAUUCCACCAUACAACAUUCAAGACACAUAUACAUGUUGGUGAUACACCAAGUGAUAUUACAGCUGGUCAAUACGCUGGAGCAAUCCCUGUUGCAGUCAGGACUGGUCUUACAAACUGGGAAUCAUUCCCACAGCCAUGCCAUGAGUUCAAGAAUCUCGAUGUCGAUUUCAAUGAAUUCAUGAAGUUAAUAGAUUCUCAAUAA